AUGUCCACGUGUCUGAUCGAUUUGCUGCUCGACAUGGAACGCCUGAGCAGGCACUACCAAUGGAACAGGUGGCACCAACGCUCCUUUGACUUGUUGCUCAACGACAUUUGGAGCAUGGCUGGAACAGAGGAUGCCCUUAAGCUGGAUGCCUGGCAUGACAUGUGGCAUGAUGCCGAAAAGAAGGCUGUCGUGCCCGCGCUAGGGGUCAAGGGCGGUGUGUUGGCAAUCCGGAGUUUGACCAGCAUGCCAUUUGGCCCUGCCACUGCAGCGAAGUAUUGCGAAAUUGCAUACGCUCGCUGGGCCCUCGACGAGAACCGCAUGAACCGCCCAGUGCAGCUCAACAACUAUGCGACUGAGCAAGAUUUGGUGUGGUGGCUUCUUCGCUUCGGGUCUGAUGCCUACCACCUGCUCCAAAAGCUCCGCCUGAUCUUCCCCGACAUCAACCCUAAGGCGAUCAUGUCGUGGGAGGAUAUGGAGGCCUUCAUCCCCAGGGUGCGAGCAGAGCUUGAGAUGCAUGCCCAGUGA